AUGCGUAGGAAUAAACAGCGCCUUGUUAUUGAUCUAGGUAUGCACUGCAGUGGUUUUCGUUUCUUACGUGCUAUUCGUAUGAUGAACAUACCUGAUAUAUUACAGUAUAUGGGUGUUAUCCAGCGUCCAAGAUCAAUACGAUUUAUUCAGGUAGCAUCAAAAUUUAUUGCUGUUGGGUUUGCGGCUGCAGGAGCUGUUCAUCUGAUACGAUUUGUAUUUGUUUACGAAAAUACUGUUGGAAAUAGUCUGGAUUGUGUAUCGAACCACGGCACAAAGGGUUUAUCUGGUGUUCAUCAAAUUCAAAAGCACAAAGUGGUUUACAUAAUCCAUUAUUAA